AGCGAGCCACAGGCUAAUAAAGAACUAGGAAAUUAUAGUUAACAAAUUAUAGAAAAAAUUAUACAAAAUUAUUCAAAAUGUUGAGCAGACUCUUUGCGCGUCCCAAUUGUCUGUUGAGUCGCAGAAAUCGCUACCAGCUGCUGACUACUCUCAUAAUAAAUUUGAUUUCCGUCUCGCAUGGCAUUGGCAUUGGCUGGCUGUCGCCGACGCUGCGCAAGCUGCAGUCCAACUCCCCCAUCGGCUUUGAGGUGAAGUCUGAGUUCGAAAUCUCCUGGGUGGGCUCCAUGCUGGGCAUGGGCUCCGUGACGGGCAAUAUACUGAUUGGCACGCUGCUGGGCCGCUUGGGCAGCAAGAGAUGUUUGCUCUUUCUGGCCAUACCACAUUCGUGCCUGUGGCUUUUGGUUUACUUUGCCCAGAGUGUGGAGUACCUUUAUGUGGGCAGACUCCUGGCUGGCAUCACCGGCGGCGGCAUGUACAUUGUUCAUCCCAUUUUUCUCAGUGAAAUCUCAGAUGCCAACAUUCGCGGUACGUUCUCGGCCAUGGUCAUGUUGUCGGUGAAUGUGGGCGUGCUGGGUGGCUACAUUGUGGGCACUCAUCUGGCCUACCAUGACAUACCCUGGAUGGUGUUGGUUCUUCCUUUGAUCUACUUUAUUUCCGUGCUGCUUUUCAUACGCGAGUCACCCAUGCACUUGAUACGCAAGGGGAAGUAUGCAGCAGCUGAGAGAUCCUUUAGGUACUACAAGAACAUCAAGGAUGGGGAUAAUAUAAUCGAACAGCAUCGCUCCAUGGAGGAGUUUGAGCAGAUGAAGGUGGCACUAACCAAAGGCGAUGAUCGCAAAGAUGCUGUCACACUGAAGGACUUUUUCUCACGUCCCGCACUCAGAGCCUAUGGCCCGGCGCUCGUUUUGCUCAUUGCCAAUCAGUUUAGUGGCCUCUUCACCAUGGUCAACUAUAUGUCUGAUAUAUUUUCCAAGUCCGGCAGCACCAUGAAUCCCGAUACCUCCACCAUAAUUAUAGGAGCCGUGCAGAUCCUGGGCAGCUAUGUGACGACGCUGCUCUGCGAUAUUUGUGGCAGGAAGCUGCUCAUGUUGGUCUCCACCGCUGGCGUGGCUGUCAGCCUCAUCGCCUUUGGCUGCUUCACACACUACGCACAGUCCUACGAUCUGAGUGACUGGAGCUGGGUGCCGCUGGCGCUCAUGUCCAUGGACAUCUUUCUGGGCAACAUUGGACUGGUGGGCUGUUUCUUUGUGUGUCUUGUGGAAAUAUUUCCACUCAAGAUACGUGCCAAGGCUGCCUCAAUGGCAAUUGUCGUCUGCAGCAGUUUUGUGUUUGUCAUGCUGAAUAUUUUCCCCAUCUGCAUGCGGCAGUGGGGCAUUUCGGCCACCAUGUGGUCUUGCGGUGGCGUCUCGGCAUUUAGUUUUAUUUUCUUUGCUUAUUUCCUCAAGGAAACCAAGGGCAAGUCUAUGCUGGAGGACUGAAAAAUGCACAGCUUGAAGCUAUCAAAUGUCAGCUGUAUGUUAAAUAAAAAUGCUGCUGCUUU